AUGUCCCCCGGUGUGAAUGGUACAGGGCCGAGUAACGGAAGCUUUGGGAUGCUUGACGUGGACGAUCUCACUGCCCACGUCAUCAAAGUCUCGUCAAACAUCGAUAACGAAAGAGUCAAAUUCAUCUUCAGCAGACUAAUCCAGCAUUCGCACGACUUCAUCCGCGAGACAGAUAUUCAGCGCCAUGAAUGGGAAGCGGCGUGGGAGUUCUUGACAAAGGCAGGGUUGACAAUGCCUCCCCAGGUCGGACAAGCAUGCCAUCCCGAGAGACAGGAAUUUAUCCUCCUGUCCGACGUGCUCGGCAUAUCUGCGUUGGUGGAUCAAAUCAACAGUCGGCAACUACCCGGCUGUACCGAGUCGUCCGUUCUUGGGCCGUUCCACAACGAGUCGCACGAGUUCAGUCACGGAGACAGCAUCUCGUCAGUCGGUGCCGGCCAAUCUAUGCUCAUCCGAGGAACAGUCAAGAACCGGAAAGGAGAACCUAUCGACAGAGCAUUACUGGACAUCUGGGAAACUAACGGCAAUGGCAAGUACGACAUGCAGGACCCCGAGACCGGCGGACCAGAUUGUCGAGGGAAAUUCUACACUGAUGCUCAGGGACGAUUUUACAUCAAUGGCGUCCGGCCGGUCGACUAUCCGGUGCCUUUCGAUGGUCCGGUUGGCAUUGUUCUCGAUCUCUUGAAUCGACAGGCCUAUAGACCAGCUCAUGUACACUUUUUGAUCAACCAUCCUUCGCAUGAAAGGCUCAACACUGCCUUGUACGACCGUACGAGCCCUAGAAUAUUCCGAGACCCUGUCUUUGGAACGAAAAGCAGCUUAGUCAAGGACAUUCGGUGGGUCGAGGAUGUCGAAGAAGCCAAAAUGUAUAAUACAAAGACAUUUAUCCGUGUGGUUGACGGACGCGAGACCGAGGGGUUUUGGUUACUUGAGCAUGAUUUCAUCUUGGCCGAGGUCCAAGGACACCGGGACUUGAAAACCCACCUAUAA